GUUGUUGUACACCGUAGAAGACUCGCGGAGAAUACAGCUUUCUCCAGCGGAGCAAGUGAGCGCGCACACGGCUACCAAAACGCAACCUUCCCCCCGGGGACGAACUUGGGACACUUUUACCCCCCGGCUUUUGACGCGACUUCUUCUUCUGCGGGUUGCCGGUUGGAGAGGCGAACGGGAAGACGCGAGAGGAGAGAGGAGAAAAGGGGAGCACCGCGCGUCACCGAGCUCUCACUCAACACCACAGCCGCGGCAGAAGCGCUUCGGUCCGGUGUGGUGUGCUCCAGCUGUCCGCCUGCGUUACUGGAGAGGGGGAAAGGGAACUCCAUUACGCGGUUUUUCAGCUGGUAUGAGCUAAUUCGCCAUCGGGACAGACAUGGAAACUAAACCGUUUUUAUCUUUGGGGUUCCUGAAGCCCCAGUGCUCGUUGGCUCCUCCCAUGCAGCGUGGCCGUUCCAGUGAUGGCUGCUCCUGCUUCAGUGGAGUCUGCCCUCUUCACCAGCGACGCUUGUCCUCCGGUAAGACAAGCUACUAUUCUUCAGGCCAGGUCACCUCUUCUCCCCUGGGCUCCCCCACGUCUCACAGAGGGAUGCACCCGUCCCUGCUCAGCCCGACCUCCAUGGGGCCCUCGGGAUCCUUGCACUCUCCCAUCAGCACCCUGAGCUCGCCCAUGAACGGCCUGGCAUCGCCCUUCUCUGUCAUCAGCUCACCCAUGGGACCCCACUCCAUGACCUCCCCCGGCAUGGGCUACGGCCCCAGUGUCAGCCCCCAGAUGUUCCAGUUGAAUUCGCCCAUGAACUCGGUGAGCAGCUCCGAGGACAUAAAGCCGCCUCUGGGUCUCAACGGAGUGAUGAAGGUCCCGGCCCAGCCCUCCAGCACCGCCCUGUCCCUCACCAAACACAUCUGUGCCAUCUGCGGAGACCGGUCAUCAGGUAAACACUACGGCGUGUACAGCUGCGAGGGCUGCAAAGGCUUCUUCAAACGCACGGUGAGGAAAGAUCUGACCUACACGUGCAGAGACAACAAAGACUGCGUGAUCGACAAGCGCCAGAGGAACCGCUGCCAGUACUGCCGUUAUCAGAAGUGUCUGGCUAUGGGCAUGAAGAGAGAAGUGUUGUUACAUGCAGCUGUCCAGGAGGAGCGCCAGAGAGCCAAAGAGAAGGCGGAGAGCGAGGUGGAGUCCAGCGGCUGCGCCAACGAGGACAUGCCCGUGGAGAAGAUCCUGGAGGCGGAGCAGGCCGUCGAACCCAAGACCGAGACCUACAUCGAGACCAACCUGGGCAUGACAUCCAACUCGCCCAAUGACCCGGUGACAAACAUCUGCCAGGCCGCAGACAAGCAGCUCUUCACUCUGGUGGAGUGGGCCAAGAGGAUCCCUCACUUCUCUGAGCUGCCUCUGGACGACCAGGUCAUCCUCCUACGAGCAGGUUGGAAUGAGCUGCUGAUAGCUUCGUUUUCGCACCGGUCGAUAGCGGUGAAAGACGGGAUUCUCCUGGCGACCGGACUGCACGUGCACCGGAACAGCGCCCACAGUGCCGGCGUGGGAGCCAUCUUUGACAGGGUGCUUACCGAGCUGGUGUCCAAGAUGAGGGACAUGCAGAUGGACAAGACAGAACUGGGCUGCCUGCGAGCUAUAGUGCUCUUCAACCCAGAUUCCAAAGGGCUGUCCAAUCCCAGUGAGGUGGAGGCGCUCCGAGAGAAAGUCUACGCGUCUUUAGAGGCCUACUGCAAACAGAAGUACCCCGAGCAGCCGGGCAGGUUCGCCAAGCUGUUGCUGCGGUUACCGGCCCUGCGCUCCAUCGGCCUCAAGUGUCUGGAACACCUCUUCUUCUUCAAGCUCAUCGGGGACACGCCCAUCGACACCUUCCUGAUGGAGAUGCUCGAGGCCCCUCACCAGAUGACAUAAUGACCCCACCGCGACCCCACCGCAACCCCAGCGCUGACCCCACUUCCUGCCUGCCCUUUGAACUUUGACAUCCCACAAGGCUUCGGACUGGGACCCAUCCUUUUUAGAGCCUUCGUCGGUGGGACAUAUCGAGACAAUUUUGGAUGGAUUUUUUUUCAUUAAUUUUUUUUUCGCAAUUUCUCUCUUUGCAAUGAAAUCAUAAUGUCUACAGCUCGGUUUUGUACAAUAUAUAAAUAAGAAAAUAUAUAUGAAAUCAUGACGAAAAACAUUGACGGAUCGAACGUUGAGCCAUUAUUUGGAAACUUUCUUACAAAUGUACUUGUGCGCAGGUUUUCUUCAGCGAUGAUGUCACAAAUUGGUGAUCGGACAAUCGUGAACUAUCUUGAAAAACUUGGAUCCUUUCAGAAUAAAAAAAAAUUAAAAAACAAUUUGAGAAGGGAGGAAAUUAACAUGAAUUUUGAAAACUACAGGUCUGCUUUUGAGGAAUUUCUCAACAACACGUCUUGCACUAGCUGUUUUCGAAGCUUUUUUCACUCAAUUGGGAGGUGGAUUUUAACAAGACUGCAAGUACGCAAAAAAUGAAAUUGAAAAAAAUCCUCAGGUCUCUGCCCGGGUUUCAAUAAUGACCAUGUCUUACUGGAAUAGCACUGUGUAACUCCAGACAGAACGUGGAGUUUCAAUCCAGACUGUGGAUUCAAAGCGUUUGAGCGAUGGGAUGUUUGGAAGGCUCGUACAAUCUGAACCUAGACUUAGCUUUAUUCCAACAAAAACUACCAGCAAGGAACAACUGUGGUCAUCGACGUUUUGAGACAUUUCCUCAAGGGAUGGUUGGGGCUCUGAAGUCGGGUUGUACAAGGUCAUUGUAAAUAGGGAUUUGGAUGAAGUGGUGGAUCAUGAUUAGUUCAAGAGAUGGAACUUUUGUGUCUUGAAAAUCAUGUGACCAAAACUAGUGUGCAUGAAAUCUUGGACAAUCAAAAGUAACUGAAAUCAGACUUCUGGUAACUUUGGUUGGUCAUUUUGAGUCAGUUUAACUCCAGUCGAUAUGAGUUUAGUAAAUGAUUAGCCAAUUUGAUUCUACUUCCCCAGUACUCCCCAAAAAUUAAGAACAAUUUGCAUCGAAGUGUUAUUUGAUCAGUAUUAAGAAUGUCACAAUUGAAGGCAGUCUCGCUUCAUGGUAAGAUCCAAGGUUUGAUUCCUGGGUCACCCUGGGCUCUCUUUGUGGAGUUUGCAUGUUCCCCCUGUGUCUGGGUGGGUUUCCUCCAAGCACUCUGUUUUUCCAUCAACCCAAAACAUGCUUGAUAGGACAAACCCUUGAACUAAAGACCAGGAUCUUGAGCUAGUCAAGAUCUGGAGAUGGGUCCCCGGGUGUGGCACCACAACGCCCACUGCUCUUGACAGGUGUCUCAGCAGCAGUGAAAGAUGGCUCAAAGUCAAGAGGACAAAGUUUUACAAAGUGUAUCUUCACCUUAACAAUGUACAGUCAAAUUAUUAUUGUUUAUCACGAAAUAUUAAAGAAAGAAGUCAGAAAAAAGUGUCAUUUCAAACAGAUUUUGAUGCAUUAUGUUAUUAGGUUCUAUUUUCAGACCAAGAGAUUGUUUUCGUACCUGACAGUUUCGACUGCUCACUAGCGGUCCUCCUCAGAGUGGUCACGUGGUGUUGCUGUGACGUGUCCGGUCAGCUGAUUUAAACAGGUUUUGGAGCUGUCUUCCUACCGGUGGAGGCAGGAUGACAGCGCCAUUUGCAGUUCGACUUCCUAGGGACAGUAUCCCAGGUGUGUGAGAGUAAAAAAGCCCCCUCUAUUGGCUUAUAGAUUUUGAUGUACUUUGAGUCCUAUCUUGACAUAGACAGUACAUUUUUGUUUACACUGUUUACAACCAAAUGUACAACCCAACUUCAGAAAACCCUGAACCAUUUCUUUGUUAUGUAAGUGUAUUUCGCAGCCCUUGUUUAGCAUUGUUGUAUUGUUCUCAUUGGCCUGUACGCUCCUGUCCUCUUCUGAUGUCCGCACUGUCUUUAACUGUCCACACACGGUGACCUCUACACGACCUCUACACAUACCUCCUCAUACCUGUACAAUGACCUAGACAGUAUUCAGUAUUCAAAUGCACAGAUACCUCUGUUUCAAACUCACCGUGCAAUGCAAAUUCAUGGAGAAGUCAUUCAUUUCUUGGCACUUAAAGGUCCUAUAUUAUGCUUUGUCAACUUUCAGAUUUUUUUGGUCAUUAUACUGUUUUCUUAUCAAAAUCAUACCUGGAGUUGUGUGUUGUUUCAUUUAUUUCAAGCAUAUUCAAUCAAAUCUGCUUAUUUAGGCUGUUGAAUUUUCAAGAUGGGCUUAAAACACUCGGUUCCACUGCAUGAUGUCAUCAAUUGGGGAUUCAAGAAGUGCUCUUUUGGGUUUUUAAAGUCGAUACACAUUCACUUCUACGCAAAACUAACCAAUGUUUUGCAAUUUGUGCUUAAAUUGCUUCACCCUUAAGUAGAUAGGUCUAUUGCGCCCUCUUCUGGGACACAUGAAGCUUUAAAUGUUUAAAGCUGCACAAUGUAACUUUUUUGUUGAAGGAGCCACCAAAUGUUUGUCUCCAUGGAGAAGUUAUUGCUUUGCCUGGAAUAUCCGACAGUAUGGCUUUACAAGUGUUUUCAUUAUCCAAUACCUAAAAGAAAAAACAUGCACGCUAUUGUGAGCAACUCUCCACAGAUCUGACCUGUAAGUUGACUUGGGCAUGUCACCUGCUUGUCUCCAUGGCCAUAAUAUAAGUUUAAUGCUAUACUAUGUUUUCAUUAACCAAUAUCUUAAAAAAACAAAAACAAAAAACAUGCAUUCUAUUGUGAGCAGGGUCAAUAAUCCACAGAUCUGACCUGCAACUUGACUUGGGGACAUCACCUGCUUGUCUCCAUGGCGAUAAUACAAGUUUAAUGGGAUACCGUGUUUUCAUUAACAAAUACCUAAAAAAAAAAAAAAAAAAAAAAAAAAAGCAUUCAUUCUAUUGUGAGCAGCGUUGAUUCUCCACAGAUCUGACCUGUCUGACUUGGGGGCAUCAUCUGCUUGUCUCCAUGGCGAUAAAAUAAGUUUAAUGCCAUACUGUAUUUUCAAUUUAAAAAAAAAACUUAAAGAAAAAACAUGCAUUAUAUUGAGAGUAAGAUCGAUAUUCCACAGAUCUGACCUGUAACUUCACUUGGGGACCUCGCCUGCUUGUUUCUGUGGUGAUAAAUACACUUAAUGCCAUACUGUGGAACAUCAGGUAAAGCAUUAAUAUCUUCAUAGAGCAGAUGGCAUGCCCUCUGUCUGGAAAAAGUUACAUAGUGCUGCUUUAAAGGUUAGAAGUUUCUUAUUCAUUAGAGAUUAUUUUAAGUUAUUCAAAAUGCAAUAUGUAAAUAAAACAUAAUACAGGACCUUUAAACCUUAAAGGGAUAGUUUGGAAUUCUGGGCACAGGGCCUCAUGUCCUAGUGAGCCAGAGUGUUGGAGAUGUGUGGAGACACUUUUUAAAAUAUUUCAUCCAGUUUUUGUAUUUGCAGAGGUCGCUAAUGCUAGGCUAGUGCAUGUCAAUGGCCAUAGUUAGCCUGCCACUAAAAACAGUCUUACCCACUCCACAAAACACCCGAAGCAAAACUAUUAUUACACCAGACUGUCCAUGUAAAUGUCUGUGUUGAUAGAAUAAUGUUUGAAAUAAAACUCAUCUUGGAUCACAUAAAUCGUCACAUGUUGAGAGACUAUUUUCUCAUAUAUCAGUCCACUGCGGCCAAGCUUUCUAUCAGGAAGAACAACUCGCUGCUGCUCAGACAUAAAUCCUCCAAAUCCUAAAAUUAUUCUAUCAACACAGACAUUCACAGCUAUCGUCUGGCGUUAGAAUAGAUUUGGUUUGGGUGUUUUGUGGAGUGGGUAAGACUGCUUUUAGUGGCAGGCUAACUCUGGCCAUUGGCAUGCACUAGC